AUGAAGCUUGUAUCCAUUAUCCUCGGAGCUCUCACUCUAGGCAUGUGCUCCUUUGCUGCCCCAGUGGCAGAAAGCGAUAGUACCCUGAGCAAUCUAGUAUAUCACUGGCAUGGCUGUGGAGCUGGGAUUCUCGUGAGUGUUCUUGGAACCCAUCACGCCUACAAGCUGACGAGCGAUAGUGUCAUUCAGAUAGCGAUUGUCAGGCCAGCCAAGAUUGUAUUCAAACUGCGCAGGGCGAUCCAUCUCAUGUACAUUGUGGGCAAGACAGCUAUCCUAACAGCUGCUGGGCGUGCUCGAAGGGACAACACCGCUUCGCAGUUCAGACUAUGGUGGUCAUUGCGGGUGGAAGAUUCAGCAUACAAAGUUCAAGAUGUCCUCUGCUGGGUUCCAUUCAAUAUCUCAGCUUAUCCCUCAUGA